CGUGGUUCCAUUCGCUGCCUUCUACGCCACGACGUCAUCAUGAAGGGGCGGGAGCACGGCGUCGAGUGGGUAACCAAACAGCAGCAGGGUAGAAAGCCACCGGCGGAUGCGCAUCGUUCAGCUCGUGUACCUAAUCUUUGAACCAUCCUCACUUCUUAGCAUGCGGUGACUAAGGCGGAGGCCUGAAGGCACUGUGGGUCCAUUGGUGGCAGUAGGAGCAGGAAUCCAGCUUAGAUGAAGGAUGAAGAGCCCGGUGCACAGAUGUAGGGAUGUGGAGCAUAGCCGUGGACAGUCUGGGGCUGGGGGAGGAACCAGCUGCCUACAGGAGGAACAGCGCAUCCCCAUCUCCAAAGACGUCAUCACUUCCUCCUCUGCCUCGGCCAUGUGGUUCAUCAGGGAUGCCUGCGGCAUUGUGUGUGCCAUCAUCACCUGGCUGCUGGUCUUGUACGCCGAGUUUGUGGUGUUGUUUGUGAUGCUGUUGCCCUCCAAGAACCUGAUGUACAGUAUUGUGAACGGGACUCUGUUCAACACUCUGGCCUUCCUUGCCCUCGCCUCUCACCUCAGGGCCAUGUGCACUGACCCUGGGGCCGUGCCAAAAGGAAACGCCACCAAGGAGUACAUAGAAAGCCUUCAACUGAAACCAGGACAGGUGGUCUACAAAUGUCCCAAGUGCUGCAGCAUCAAGCCUGACCGAGCACACCACUGCAGUGUUUGCAAACGCUGCAUACGGAAGAUGGACCACCACUGUCCCUGGGUCAACAACUGUGUUGGAGAGAACAACCAAAAGUACUUUGUGCUUUUCACAAUGUACAUUGCACUCACUUCUCUCCACGCUUUGGUCAUGGUGGUCUUCCAUUUCCUCUACUGCUUUGAAGAUGAUUGGACGAAGUGCAGUACCUUCUCUCCUCCAGCAACAGUCAUCCUCCUCAUACUCCUGUGCUUUGAGGGCCUCCUCUUCCUCAUCUUCACCUCUGUGAUGUUCGGCACCCAAGUCCACUCCAUCUGUACCGACGAGACCGGGAUCGAGCGGCUGAAGGGGGAGACGGGGAAGUGGGGGAAAGUUCCGUGUUGGGAGGCCAUGCAGAUUGCAUUCGGAGGCCCCUUCUCACUGUCCUGGUGCAGCCCUUUUUCAGGCUUGAGCUGCAAGAAGAGCCCUGAGGACCACGUCGCCAUCCCCCAGGGAGAGAUCAUCGAGGAGGAUGUCAUAGAGAUACCACUCAACUAGCACCACCUGCUGGGGAAAGCAUAAAUUGCAGACAGGCAGGAUUUCUUGACAAGCACAAAGAUAUUUUUGAAACUGGACUUUCUAAAUGUUGAAAAACUGCCCAGAAUUUAUUUUAAUUAUGUAUGCAUUUCUUUAUGUACAGGACUUUUUUCUGGAUAUAUUUUACAGUUUCUGUUCCUACCUUCAGUGUAGCCAUUUGAUAGGUGUGCAGAGCACCCAUUAUCAAACUUUAGUAUCUUAGCUUAAUACUUGCACACAUAAGUGAAGGUCUAAUGUGCAUUUUAAGGAUCGCAUAUUUCUCUACUAAAUCUGCCAAACCUGCAGCAUUUUCCUGAAUUUGUCUCUAGGAAAACGCUGUGAGGACUCAAAGCUCAGUCAGCUCAGUGUUUGGAGAAGAGAAUACUGUAAAGUGCCUCCCUGAGCUGCCUCAGAACACCACUAACAGCAGCUCUGCUCCAGCACUGUAGCACAAAUGGUUCCUUUCAACCUUCUUGCCUUCCCCCCAGAUUUGAACAGCCAGUUUCACAGAUAACGGUUAAGCCUAGAAAUACAAACUCUCCAUUUGGAAAAGGUUUUUAGUCUAAGAUUAGGCUUGACCCAUGUCUGAGAAACUAGUUCGAGCUCACCUCGUGCCUUAUCUAUCUUUACUGAGCAAAUGUUUGAAACACUACAUUGUUUUAUUACUCAUCUUGAUUCCAGACUGUCUCAAGUUGCCAUUUUCAUAUUUCUCGCUCCAUUGCACAUGUGGGGAAAAGGGCAGUAGAUGACUUCAUAUAGAGGAUUUUUAUUGUGUGUGUAUGUAAGCUGGAGGAUAAGGGCUUCUAACUGCUAAAUGGCUGCUGGACAUUAUGGGAUCACUUAUGUUUAAUCAUGUUUACAUUGCUUUAAUAAUCUACUCAUUGUGUGGGUUCCUUCCUUA